AUGGAGACCGCUUCUACAAACAUUUGUGAAAGAAUGGGUCGCUCUCAGGAGCUCAGUGACUCCAAGCGUGGUCCCGUGAUAGGUUGCCACCUGUGCAAUAAGUCCAUCCGUGACAUUUCCUGGCUACUAAAUAUUCCAUGGUCAACUGUUAGUGGGAUUAUAACAAAGUGGAAGCAACUGGGAACAACAGCAACUCAGCCACGAGGUGAUCGGGGUCAACGCAUGCUGAAUUGCACAGUGCGCAGAAGUCGCCAACCGUCUGCAGAGUCAAUAGCUAAAUACCUCCAAACAUGGUGUGGCCUUCAGAUUAGCACAACAACAGUGCGUAGAGAGCUUCAUGGAAUGGGUUUCCAUGGC